ACCUAUCGAGUUAGUUCGUAUCUAGCAUUGUUUACAUUCCUGUUUACGUUCUAUUCUAUCGCUAUUAAAUAUUCGUAUUUCGUAGAAGAAAACAAAAAUGGUGUAAAAUACGAAAUAAUCCUACGGUGAAAUGUGAUUAAUACGUAAAUUUCGUUGUUUUAUUCGUUCCUUCGACGAAUUGGGCAUCGAUGAUGCACAAGGGCGCAUCCGUAACGAGUAAUUUUAUCAUUGAUAUGAACUUGUGAAAACCCAUAUAGGUGCACCUUCGAAGAUGUCUAAACCACCACGAAAACCUCAAGAUUAUUUCGCAAUGAUUACUUCCAGAAAUGCCUGGAUUAAUGAGAAUACGUUCAAACAGAACGACGAAUUAUUGAAUUCGCCGAAUAUGGAGACAGAUUCGCCGGCGCAGCGCGAAAUGAUCCAAAUUAGUCCACCUUGUACGGUGCCAAGUUCGCCAGCCGCAUCGCCAGUUGUACAAAUAACCACGUCGUUGAGUUUACCGUACAAUAUAAACGCCACCAAUGAUCCGAAUUGGCAAGCUACCAGGCCUACGAUACGUGAAAGAAAUGCAGCCAUGUUUAAUAACGAAUUAAUGGCCGAUGUGCAUUUUAUAGUCGGGAGUAAUGGUAACACUGAAAGGAUCCCAGCUCAUAAAUACAUCCUUGCUACAGGAAGUUCGGUAUUUUAUACCAUGUUUUAUGGAGGAUUACCCGAGAUCAAAGACGAUAUAGAAGUUCUAGACGUCGAACCAUCUGCUUUCUUAACACUUCUUAGGUAUUUAUACUGCGACGAAAUCCAACUAGAAGCAGAUACAGUUUUGGCAACGUUAUACGUAGCUAAAAAAUACCUAGUACCGCAUUUAGCUCGAGCUUGCGUCAAUUACCUCGAAACUAGUUUGAACGAAAAAAACGCCUGUCUACUUCUCAGCCAAUCUAGAUUCUUCGAAGAACCCGAACUCAUGCAAAGGUGCUGGGAAGUGAUCGAUGCUCAAGCUGAGAUGGCCUUGCAAGCCGAAGGGUUCGUAGAUAUCGACAUCAACACUUUAGAAAGCGUUCUCAGUCGAGAGACGUUGAACUGCAAAGAAAUGCAUUUGUUCGAAGCUGCGUUGAAUUGGGCUGCAGCCGAAUGCGUUCGUAAAGAACUAGAGCCAUCGGCUCAGAACAAAAGAGCUGUGCUGGGUAACAGUUUGUAUCUGAUUAGGAUACCGACCAUGAGCCUGGAUGAGUUCGCUAAUACUGCUGCUCAACUUGGCAUACUGACGAAUCAAGAAACUAUCGAUAUUUUUCUACAUUUCACCGCUAGAAAUAAACCCCAUUUGAAUUAUCCGAUUAAACCGAGGACUGGGCUGAAGCCACAGAUCUGCCACCGUUUCCAAUCAUCUGCCUACAGGAGUAAUCAAUGGCGAUACCGAGGACGUUGCGAUAGCAUUCAAUUCAGCGUCGAUAAACGAAUAUUCAUCGUCGGUUUCGGUCUGUACGGGUCAUCGAACGCCAGCGCAGAUUAUAACGUUAAAAUCGAGCUGAAAAGAUUAGGACGAGUAUUGGCCGAAAACAACAUCACAUUUUACAGCGACGGUUCCUCAAACACAUUUCGCGUCUACUUCGAACAUCCAAUACAAAUCGAGCCCGAAUCAUUCUACACAGCUUCGGUCAUCUUGGACGGUAGCGAAUUGAGCUAUUUUGGCCAAGAAGGCAUGAGCGAGGUUACCGUCGGAGGUACAACUUUCCAAUUCCAAGGAUCGUCCGAAAGCACAAAUGGUACCGGAGUUCAAGGUGGUCAAAUUCCAGAACUCAUAUUCUACGGAAGUACCGAAUCGAAAAGUUAGAUUUUAGUCAUGUAGCAAUUCCUUCUUACCCCCUGUCCCUUCCACAAUUAGAUUUAAGCUUGGUGCAAUUCGCUAUUUAUUAUGGUCAGAUCGUACGUUCGUAUGGUUUUUUGUUUUCUUUUAGAUUGUUGUCUCGUACCUAUUUUUUUUUGAUACCAUUUUCUUCUUUUUUUCUCUUUCUCUUUUUUCUGUAUAAGUUACGACGACGUUUUCAAAUGUGCUUUUCUUUUUCGUUUAAUUCCUUUCUAUUUGUACGCGUUUUCAAACGAGGCUCAUGUAUUAUAUUUUGGUAGAUGAUUAUUUUGUAACGAAAUAAAGAUUAUACAAUUUAGCUGCAAA